AUGCUUUCCAAAAUCUCGAUACUCACUCUCCUUACCAGCAGUGCCUUUGCUGUUCCGCUUGAGGUUGAAAUCGAGAAACGCAUCAACUGUCCAGACGUGCACAUCUUUGGUGCGCGCGAAACCACAGCAGCUGCUGGAUACGGCUCGUCCAACACAGUCGUCAAUGGCCUUCUCAGUGCUUACUCGGGCUCUACGGCCGAGGCCAUCAACUAUCCUGCAUGCGGCGGACAAGCAUCAUGCGGGGGCGUGAGCUACUCGAGUUCAGUUGCUCAGGGCAUUGCAGCUGUCGCCUCGGCUGUCAACUCCUAUAAUUCGCAGUGUCCGUCGACAAAGCUCGUUCUGGUCGGAUAUUCUCAAGGUGGUGAAAUCAUUGAUGCAGCCUUAUGCGGCGGUGGUGUCCCCAACCAAGGCUAUACCGACACUGCAGUCCAGUUUUCGGUCUCGGCAGUGAACAUGGUCAAAGCAGCUAUCUUCAUGGGUGACCCGCUGUAUGUGGCAGGGUUGUCGUAUAACGUUGGAACAUGUGCAGCUGGAGGCUUUGAUGCACGUCCUUCUGGAUUCUACUGCCCGUCGGCUAGUAAGAUCCAGUCAUACUGCGAUGCAUCGGAUCCUUACUGUUGCAACGGUAGUAACGAGGCAACACACCAGGGGUAUGGGGCUCAGUACGGUGAACGGGCCAUUGCAUUUACGGAGACUUCGGAGACCAAAAUGGCCAGAAGCGAACUGGACAGCUACCCCACCACGGAAGCCCAAUCCAAGCUUCCUCCAUUCCCCAUGGCCUCUCACAUUCCCAACCUAAACUCUCUCCGACGAGGUCGAGGUCGAGGUCGUGGUACAGGGACAGAAGAUACGAGACUCCCGUCUGGAAAAGACCGCAUCGUUCAAGGCACAGACAAUGACGCAAGCGUGUCCCGCCUGAGCGCCGUGGAGCUAGGAUACCUAGAAGAUGCCUACGCGACAGCAUUGACACCCGCCGGGUGCGCGACGCGAAGACUCCCAAUCAUUAACAGAGGUACCUAUGUCCGCACAACAGCCAUCGACCAACUCGUGGCGCGCUUCCUCGGUCCGUCCUCGCCGGAAAAUACACACAAAAAGCAGAUUAUCUCGCUAGGCGCGGGGUCCGACACGCGUUUCUUCCGAUUACUCUCAUCGCGCCAGACCCCGGAUUUCGUCUACCACGAGCUCGAUUUCGCUGUCAACGCGACUGCGAAGAUCCGCGCGAUUCGCUCGGCGCCUAUACUGCAGCGGGUACUGGGGAUUGAAUCCUCGGAGGUGUCUUCAAGAAAGAAUAAUGGAGUUACCGUGUCGGAGGCAGGCGACGCGCUGCAUUCGCCCUCAUACCAUGUUCAUCCGGUUGAUCUGCGGUCGCUGUGGGCAUGUAGCGAUCCGGCUGUGGCACUCCCAGGUGUUGACACAACAUUACCGACGCUGUUGAUCUCUGAGUGUUGUUUGAUCUACCUGUCGCCCCUUGAAGCAGAAAAGGUGGUUGCGUUCUUCACACAACGGCUUUUCGGCACCGGGCAUACAUCAUCUGGGCCCGACGACAGCUUGCAGGUGAAGCAAUCAGGCAUCACUCCGCUUGGGUUGAUUCUUUAUGAGCCUAUUCGCCCGAAUGACCCCUUCGGCCAGGUUAUGGUGUCAAACCUUGCGACGCGAGGGCUUCAGCUGCAGACGCUCCAUAAGUAUGCAUCCCUUGGGGCGCAGCGGGGUCGCUUCCAACAGCAAGGCUUCCAAGAUGGCCAGGCUGCGGCUGAUAUUGAGUUUAUUUGGAAGCGAUGGGUCAGCGAGAAAGAAAAGGAGAGAGUUGCUGGGCUUGAAAUGUUGGAUGAGAUGGAGGAGUGGGAGUUGCUUGCACGGCAUUAUUGCAUUGCUUGGGGUUGGAGAGACCGUGACGAUAUCUCGGCCUUUGCCGGAUGGAAAGAUUUAGAGACCCAGCAAGGCGAGUGA